AUGCACGACAACACGCAACGUCGUCAACAACGACCCCGCCAUUACAAGAGCCACACCACGUGGCAACGCCAUGUCACACGGAUGGGAGGCGACGACGACAACGCGGAAUGUCAAUGGAUGUUCCGCCUCGACUGCAGCCCAGCCCGCCCACCCAUGAACGCCCACGAGACAACCGCACGCGAACGAAAACAAAUGCCCAGCAGACGAAGACGACGACACGACCCCACCACACACGAACGCCCGCCCACGACAACGACUGCCCAUGAGCACCCACGACAUGACAACGAACGCCCAUGCAUGACAACAAAGACCCACGAGCGCAACGCAAACGCCAACGCAAAGACGAACGAAACGGCAACCCACCCCCACGGACGCCAAUACAGCCCACCACCCACGACCGACGACGACGCGCGCCCAUGCACGGAGGAUUCCGCUCGCGUCAACGGAAAUGGGCAACAACGAGCCCAGUCAUUCCAUGUGGAUUCCAUGUGGAAUCCAUAUGGAUUCCACCCUUAA